UAGCGCGGUCCUCCUGGCUGGCUUCGGGCCGCUCUAGCCGCCCUUUUCGACUGCUCCGCCGGGAGGCGGGCGCGUCCGCGGGGGUCCCUCCAAGAUGGCGGCGCAGAGGAGGAGCUUGCUGCAGAGUGAGCAGCAGCCCAGCUGGACGGACGACCUGCCGCUCUGCCACCUCUCGGGGGUCGGCUCAGCUUCCAACCGCAGCUACUCCGCUGACGGCAAGAGCACCGAAAGCCAUCCGCCAGAGGACAACUGGCUCAAGUUCAGGAGUGAGAACAACUGCUUCCUGUAUGGGGUCUUCAACGGCUACGAUGGCAACCGGGUGACCAACUUUGUGGCCCAGCGGCUGUCGGCGGAGCUCCUGCUGGGCCAGCUCAAUGCUGAGCACACCGAGGCCGAUGUGCGGCGGGUGCUGCUGCAGGCUUUUGAUGUGGUGGAGAGGAGCUUCCUGGAGUCCAUUGAUGAUGCAUUGGCUGAGAAGGCGAGCCUCCAGUCCCAGCUACCCGAGGGUGUCCCUCAGCACCAGCUGCCUCCUCAGUAUCAGAAGAUCCUCGAAAGACUCAAGGCCUUGGAGAAGGAGAUCUCAGGAGGAGCCAUGGCUGUCGUGGCAGUUCUUCUCAACAACAGGCUCUAUGUGGCCAAUGUCGGUACAAACCGUGCACUUCUAUGCAAAUCCACGGUGGAUGGCCUGCAGGUGACACAGCUGAACGUGGACCACACCACAGAGAAUGAGGAUGAGCUUUUCCGGCUCUCGCAGCUGGGUUUGGAUGCAGGAAAGAUCAAGCAAGUGGGGGUCAUCUGUGGGCAGGAGAGCACCAGGCGCAUCGGGGACUACAAGGUCAAGUACGGGUACACUGACAUCGACCUCCUCAGUGCGGCCAAGUCCAAGCCAAUCAUCGCGGAGCCUGAAAUCCACGGUGCACAGCCCCUGGAUGGGGUGACGGGCUUCCUGGUGCUGAUGUCCGAGGGGCUGUACAAGGCCCUGGAGGCAGCCCACGGGCCUGGGCAGGCCAACCAGGAGAUCGCUGCCAUGAUUGACACGGAGUUCGCCAAGCAGACUUCGCUCGAUGCGGUGGCCCAGGCCGUGGUGGACCGGGUGAAGCGGAUCCACAGCGACACCUUCGCCAGUGGCGGGGAGCGUGCCAAGUUCUGUCCGAGGCAUGAGGACAUGACCCUGCUGGUGCGGAACUUUGGCUAUCCCCUGGGCGAGAUGAGCCAGUCCGCACCCUCCCCAGCCCCAACCGCCGGAGGACGCGUGUAUCCCGUGUCCGUGCCUUACUCGAGCGCCCAGAGCACCAGCAAGACCAGCGUGACCCUGUCCCUCGUCAUGCCCUCCCAGGGCCAACUGGUCAACGGGGCCCACAGCGCCUCCACCCUGGACGAGGCCACUCCCACCCUCACCAACCAGAGCCCGACCCUGACCCUGCAGUCCACCAACACGCACACCCAGAGCAGCAGCUCCAGCUCAGACGGGGGCCUCUUCCGCUCCCGGCCCGCCCACUCCCUCCCGCCCGGCGAGGACGGCCGCGUGGAGCCCUACGUGGACUUUGCCGAGUUCUACCGCCUCUGGAGUGUGGACCACGGCGAGCACAGUGUGGUGACAGCGCCGUAGCCCAGCCACGGAGUGCCGCCCGAGCAGGGGCCUGGGGACGGGGCCCAGCUCCGGGCAGGAUGGGCCUUUUCCUGCCAUUUGCCUGUGCCGUGGGGGCCGACAGGGGCCCUGUCCUCAGCCUGCGUCGUUCUCACACCCACAGCCUUCAGUGCUGCGGAGAGUGUCCUCCGAGUGUGCCAGCGCAAACUGGGCCCCUUGCUACGGCGCCGGCACGGGGCUGCCUCAGCCAGGACCGCUGUGUUUCUCCGAACGCGGGGCACGAGUGCGGCAGCCACAAGCCCACCAAGUGGGGCCUUGCAUGCCGCAGGCCCGCAGCCGCUGCUUUCCUGAGGCCGCCUCCUCCUGCUCCCGCCUGCCCUGGAGGAGCCUGUGGCCACUGCUGGCGCCUCCUCCCCCCCGCCACCCAGCUUAGUGGUGGUUCCCGCCUUUCUUCUCCGGCCUCCAGAGUGGAACUCCGGUUGGCGUCUGCACCUUUGAGGGCUAUACCUGUCCCUGGUCCCACCUGUGUUCAGGUGGACUGGGAUGACUGCAGAGGGGCGGUCAGGGGGGAAGGACCUGGAAGGAACUGGUCUAACAGGAGCAGUGGUCCUGGAGACCCCCCCAGAGCCGGGUGGAGGAGAGGUGAGGACGUGCUCGGCCUGAGCGGGACAGUGGCUGCUCUUCGGGAGCUGGCGCGGCUCUUUCCCUCCUAGACGCGGGAGCCCCAGGUUGGGGAGCCGCUUAGAUUGCGAUCUUACCACUGACUGUGAGUCUCUGUCGUCUCCAGGGUAACAAACAGGCCUUCGGUCAGGCUGUGGGGCUCGUUAGAAACAGGGAACAGUGGGAAAUGGUUCUGAAAGGGAAGAGGUCUUGGAGACGAGCUGCUCUGGGUGGCCCAGAGCUUCGGAGACACGCACUGUUUCUACAGACUGUUAGGGCAGGAUCGGCCAGCCCAGGCCCUGAGUUAGACCAUUUUCACGCAUGUGGUCUGCCUUCAGUGGGGAGGGGUGCCACCAGGGCUCUCAGCUAGAAUUGCCAUUUGUGUUUUCAAAAGAGGAAGAAGGCCCAGGUCACACAGUUAGGGGUGGCAUGUAGGCUUAGUUGCUCACUUGAGUCCAACUCUCGUGACCCCCAUGGACUGUAGCCCUCCAGGCUCCUCUGUCCAUGGUAUUUCCCAGGCAAGUGUACUUGCUAUGCCCUCCUCCAAGGGAUCUUCCCAACCCAAGGAUCGAACCCAUGUUUCUUGCAUCUCCUGCAUUGGCAGGCGGAUUCUUUACCUCUGCACCACCUGGGAAGCCCAGUUAGUGGUGGAGCAGAGCUCACAUCUUUCUGUCAGUCUCUGAGGGCCCCUGGAUUCUUGCCACCCCCUCCUGCUCCCAGCCUCUUGCCCACAACUCCCCAGACAGCUCACCAGGGACUGGCCAGAGUGUGUGGCCUCAAGUGUGCUUGGAGUGUGAAAAGUCAGAGGCCAGUUCCAAGGUCCCUGUUGGCUCUGUGGUCCAGGAAUGUGUUUCCCUGUGGUAGGGCAGGGCCCAGUACGGUGCCAGUUUCCAUGGGGCGCGGAUCUCAGCAGGGAGCCCUUAGCCCACCCCGACUAUGAGGCCGCCUCUGUUGUGCAGGUGAGCAGAUUUCAGAUCAGUCACAGAGGAUUGGGAACAAAGGGAAUUCUCUUCCAAGAGUGUCUGUGAUGCUGUUUGGUCUCUAGAAAUAGAAUCACUUUUUUACUGCAGUAAAGAAAUAAUAAAGGGUGGUAUUAUA